CGGGCAGUGCUGCGUGCUCGGCCCCGCGAGGCGCGUCUCCCUCGCGAGCUCGGUGAAAGGAUUUGGCGCCAGGCGGGUCCGCUCUGCAGCUGCCGCAGCCGCACGCAGCAGCCCAGCCGCGCCACCCACCCACCGCCGCCGCCGCCCGCCGCCGGGGCCUCGGCUCCCAGCCGCUGCUGCAGCCGCCGCCAGCCCCAGCCCCAGCCCGAGCCCGCCUGCCCGAGCCCAGAGCCGCCCGCGCGCCGCCCAGGGACCGAGCCGCCGCCGCCGCCGCCAUGAGCUGCUCGCCCGUGAACGUGAAGAAGCUGAAGGUGUCGGAGCUGAAGGAGGAGCUGAAAAAGCGGCGCCUCUCCGACAAGGGCCUCAAGGCCGACCUGAUGGAGCGGCUCCAGGCCGCGCUGGACCAGGAGGAGGCCGGCGGGGGAGGCCCCGCCAGCAGCGCGGCCGAGCCUGGCAACGGCAGCAUGGAGGGGGAGGCGGCCGAGAGCGGCGGCGGCGCCGCGCAGCUCCGCCAGGCGGGAGGCCCCGACCAGGCCGCGGCCUCCGCGGCGGAGGACGACGACGAGGAAGGGCUGGAGGCGGCCGAUGGCGACGCCAUGGAGCUGGGCGAGGAGAACGGCGAGCGGGCGGGGGCCGGGGGCGGCCCGAUGGAGGAGGAGGCGGGCGGCGAGGAGGAGGAAGAGGAGGAGGAGGAGGACGAGAACGGCGACGACCAGGGCUUCCAGGAGGGCGAGGACGAGCUGGCCGACGACGAGGAGGCCGCGGCCGGCGACGCCAACGGGCACGGCGAGCAGCAGCCGCAGCAGGCGCAGCCCCAGCAGCAGCCCCAGCAGCAGCCCCCGCCGCUCCUCCCGCCGCGCGGCGCCGCCAAGGAGCCCGCGGCCAAGAGCGGCGCUGCCGGCGCCUCGGGCCCCCCAGCGGCGGGCGCGGCGGGCCCCGCCAAGCAGCAGCAGCAGCAGAAGAAAGCGGAAGGCGGCGGCGGCGGCGGCCGCCCGGGGGCUCAGGGCGCCGGGGGAGAGGGCAAGGCGGAGCAGAAGCCCGGGGAGAAGAAGAGGGGCGUGAAGAGGCCGCGGGAGGACCAUGGGCGCGGGUACUUCGAGUACAUCGAGGAGAACAAGUACAGCAGGGCCAAGUCCCCUCAGCCACCUGUGGAAGAGGAGGAUGAGCAUUUCGACGACACGGUCGUUUGUCUUGAUACUUAUAACUGUGACCUGCAUUUUAAAAUCUCAAGAGACCGGUUUAGUGCUUCCUCACUGACCAUGGAAAGCUUUGCUUUCCUUUGGGCUGGUGGGAGAGCCUCUUACGGAGUUUCUAAAGGCAAAGUCUGCUUUGAGAUGAAGGUUACAGAAAAGAUCCCUGUUAAACACCUGUAUACAAAAGACAUUGACAUACAUGAAGUGCGAGUUGGCUGGUCACUGAACACAAGCGGAAUGUUGCUGGGUGAAGAAGAGUUUUCUUAUGGAUAUUCUCUAAAAGGAAUAAAGACAUGCAAUUGUGAGACUGAAGACUUUGGUGAGAAGUUUGAUGAAAAUGAUGUGAUUGGAUGUUUUGCUAACUUUGAUGGUGAUGAAGUGGAACUCUCAUAUUCCAAGAAUGGACAAGAGCUCGGAGUUGCAUUCAAAAUCAGUAAGGAAGCUCUUGAUGGGCGCCCACUCUUCCCACAUGUUCUCUGCCAUAACUGUGCAGUUGAGUUCAACUUUGGUCAGAAGGAGGAACCUUACUUUCCUGUACCUGAAGAGUACACCUUCAUCCAGAAGGUCCCCCUGGAGGACAGGGUCCGAGGACCAAAGGGGCCUGAGCAAAAGAAAGAUUGUGAGGUGGUGAUGAUGAUUGGCUUGCCUGGAGCUGGCAAGACUACAUGGGUUACUAAACAUGCAGCAGCAAAUCCUGGGAAAUACAACAUUCUUGGGACAAAUACUAUUAUGGACAAAAUGAUGGUUGCAGGUUUUAAGCGUCAGAUGGCAGACACCGGGAAACUUAACACACUGCUGCAGAGAGCUCCGCAGUGUCUUGGAAAGUUCAUUGAGAUUGCAGCUCGUAAGAAGCGGAAUUUCAUUUUGGAUCAGACAAAUGUGUCUGCAGCUGCGCAGAGGAGAAAAAUGUGCCUGUUUGCAGGCUUCCAGCGCAAAGCAGUUGUUGUUUGCCCAAAAGAUGAAGACUACAAGCAAAGAACACAAAAGAAGGCAGAGGUGGAGGGAAAAGAUCUUCCAGAGCAUGCAGUUCUCAAAAUGAAAGGGAACUUCACACUGCCAGAGGUAGCAGAAUGUUUUGAUGAAAUAAUCUAUGUAGAGUUGCAAAAAGAAGAAGCUCAGAAGCUCUUGGAACAAUAUAAAGAAGAAAGUAAGAAAUCUCUUCCGCCAGAAAAGAAACAGAACACUGGCUCAAAGAAAAACAAGAAGAGCAAUAAAAAUCAGUUUAAUAGAGGUCAGAGGGGACGUGGAGGAUUCAACAUGCGUGGCAACUUCAGAGGAGGAGUCCCUGGCAAUCGUGGUGGAUACAACCGGAGGGGAGGCAACAUGCCUCAGCGAGGUGGUGGAGGUGGUGGCGGCGGCGGUGGCAGCAGCGGUGCAAUUGGCUACCCGUAUCCUCGUGGCCCUGUCUUUCCAAGCAGAGGUGGCUACUCAAACAGAGGGAACUAUAACAGAGGAGGAAUGCCCAACAGGGGAAACUACAACCAGAACUUCAGAGGAAGGGGAAAUAAUCGUGGCUACAAAAACCAAUCUCAGGGCUACAACCAGUGGCAGCAGGGUCAAUUCUGGGGUCAGAAGCCAUGGAGUCAGCAUUAUCACCAAGGAUACUAUUGAAUACCCAAAUAAAUGAACUGAUACAUAUUUCUCCAAAACCUUCACAAGAAGUCGACUGUUUUCUUUAGUAGGCUAACUUUUUAAACAUUCCACAAGAGGAAGUGCCUGCGGGUUCCUUUUUUAGAAGCUUUGUGGGUUGAUUUUUUUCUUUUCUUUUUUUGUACAUUUUUAAUUGCAGUUUUAAAGUGAUUCGUAAGAGAACCUCAGCAUUGUGCACGAUAAGAGAAUGUGUCAGUAUUUCAGGGUUCUACAUUUUAUCUGUAAAAUGUGACUUUUUUUUUACCACAACAAAAGUAAAACGUUGCUUUGUACCUGGUGUCUUUUUAUUAAAGAAUUUUCUCCUUUUUCCCCAUUCCCCAAUUUCUAAGAAACAGUCGUGAGUCAUGUCACAAUACGAUCGAAAUGUUAGCAACCAGAUUCGUGUGGAGGCUCCUGAGCAGCCCUCACGAAUGCCAUGAGAUACUGUAAAGCUCCGUAUUACACUCCAUCCUCUCUAUACAGCUUUGGGGUGGGGAGGGGAGGAGGGGGAGGUAAAAGUUUCUGGCAAUAACUAGGACUUCUUUUGUAACACUUGGAGCUCAAUAAGAUUUUGGGGGCAAAGAGGAAACCUGGAGCUAAAUAGGGAAGGUGGAGUGUAUGUAGAAGCUCUUAAAGUUGUAAAACUUUGGUUGCAUUACUUGUGGAGGCUCAAACUUGUGAAGGUACACCACCAUAAUUUCUUUUCCAUUUGUUCUGCAUUUUGAUUCUGAAAAGAAGCUGGCUUUGCCCAUUUCUUAUUAAACAAAACUUGUUGUAAAUCCAGUUGUCUAAUGGGAUCUAUAUGAAGUUAGCUGUGUGUCUGUAUAACUUUCCCCACAAAAUACUGUAUACCUAGUGUGCUUGUAGUAGUUACUCCACCAUUUUGUAAGCUAAUGAAACUGUGAGUCACCCAUUUUAUAUCUAAUUUUUAAUCAUGUCAAUUCUCAAAUGGGUGUAUCUCCGUAGCCUGCUGAUUCCUUUUUCUCUUUAAAGAAAGUGGGUGGAGAAAUUUAACUCUAGACGUUUGUUUGCAAUAAAAUAAAUUCAUUUUACUCUUGUUUUGGGA